AUGGAGUAUCCCCAGUUGUACCUACCUAAACCCCUAAAGCUUGUCUAUGGGAAGAUUGGCCAGUACCGAAGAAUUCAGCAACCCAAAAGGAAAAAUGGCUCAUUCAAAGGGAAGGGGAUAGAAAGGUGGCAUAGAGCUGUGUCUACCAACUUAGCCAAACAAAAUGUAUUGGUCCCCAAUGCUGAAUCAUUGAGUGAAAGUGACUUGGAGUUUCAUGAAAGCCGAAAUAACCAGAAGAAAAACCUGAUGGAGAAAAUGAGGUGUGCUUUUGGGAAAAUGCUGCCCUGCAAAUGUGGAAACCAGUCAGCCCAUGCCAGCAAGAAGAGCUCUGCAGGGCAGAGGGAAACCGCCCUCCCCAACACACAAGGCCUGCUGCCUAGACUUGUCAAGGAGCUUCCAUCCCCCAGGUUGUUUACCAAGCCUAGGAUGAGAAGGCUGUCACAGAACGCAACUAUACAGCUUGAUGUUGUAGAAGCAGAGGCAGAAGAGUUAACAGGAGAAAACCGGCUCCUCAGAGCCAGAAGAACCACCAAGAGGUUAUCUGUGACUUCACUUCCUCCGGGGCUGCAGGAGGUACCAUAUUCAUCAAAAAAGAGACCACAUUUUUCAGCACUUAAAAAGAAGAAACAGAGCGUGAAAGACAUCCUCCAGAAACCAGACCCGACAGUGGGAAAGCUUCAAAUGCAGGUGAAUGACCUCAUAGAAAGAGUGUCUGACAAAUCCAUGAAGCUGCUGGCCCAAAGACAUGCUGAGCUUCAGCAGUGUGAGUUUCUAGGGGCUGAAAUCCUUCAGUCUUCGAAGCAGUUCCAAAGGCUUUCCAAGAGAACCACAAGGAAGUACAAGCUGAGGAGGGCAUGCUUGCCAUGCACCUGCUGCUGCUUCUAA